AUGGCGAACGUUCGGGAUAGUGACACAUCGUUGUGGCUCCACAAUAAACUCGGAACUUCGAACGAUUCUUGGACAACCGGCUCAAUUUGUACACAAUUAAACGCUGAAGUUUUGAAAAAUAUAAAGGAUUGUUUCCCAGAUUUGCAAACACAAGUGAAACUAAAAUUAUUGCUAAGUUUCUUUCAUAUCCCGCGCAGAAAUGUUGAAGAGUGGAGGAAUGAAUUGGAAGAGAUUAUCGAGGUUGCAGCAGUCGACUCAGAUCUCUGGGUGGCGAUGCUCGCAGAAGUCCUUAAAACAUUCCCUUCAGCCGGGACCCUUAAUACAGAGAUAGCAGAGUUUGACGAGACGAGGCCUAUCUUCAGUGAUAUGAUCGGCGAGCUAAGAAGAGCCUUAGCUAAACAUUCAGACCUUGGACUGUUACCACUUGAGUGCCUUUAUUUAAAUAAAAAUGCCUUAGUUUCUGUGGUGGGACAACAACCCAACCCAGUGAAGCACUUCACAUUGAAACGUAAACCGAAGUCAGUGGCGCUGCGCACGGAGCUUCUCAGCAAGGCGGCCGAGGUGCAAGCCAACCAGAAGAAAGCGCAGGCGCCCACCGUGCCCGUGCGCAGCCGGGGCAUGCCCAGGAAGAUGACGGACACAACCCCGCUGAAGGGCCUGCCGUCCCGCUGGGCGGCCCGCAGCGGCGCGCGAGCGCCCCCCACCGUGCGGCCCCCCCCGCGCUCCGGCAUCAAGUUGCUCGACAUCACGGAGCAGCCCGCCACGCACGCCCAGAUCAAGAAGCGCAGGAAGCUCGAAAUGGAGGAAGGUUCAAAGAAGGCUCCCCCAGCGGCGCCCUCGUCUCCGCCGCCUGACUACGCCAAGGGACUCAACAACUUCCAGAUGCCCAAAGCGGAUGAGCCACCACCCAGCAACGAGCCUGCGAGUGAGGCGGACGGUGUGGAGGGCCCGGAGGGUGCGGAGAGUGCGGACAGCGUGGAGGGCGCGGAGAGUGCGGAGAGCGCGGAGGGAGAGAGCACGCCCGCGCCCGCGCCCGCGCCGCUGCUCGUGCAGCAGGGCUCGGGUGCGAAACCCAUCGUGUUGGGACAGCAGCCCAAGCUGCUGUUGGCGGGCCAGGCGGGCGGCAAGCCGGUGCUGCUGGCGGCGCAGGGCUUGCUCAACACGUCGGCGGUGCUGCUGCAGCAGGGCGGCAAGGCGGUGCUGUUACAGAACAUCAAGCCGAUGGCACAACAAGUUGUACAGCAGACACCGCAGAAUAUACCACAUCAAAUAACACAUCCUGCGGCGCCGCCCGCGCCCGCGCCCCCCGCGCCGCCCGCGCCCGCCGCGCCCGCGCAGACGCCGCUGCUGCCGCGCCGCGGCCUGUCGCUCACGCGUGAGCAAAUGAUGGAGGCCCAAGACAUGUUCCGGAACGCAAAUCGAGUCACGAGACCUGAAAAGGCGCUCAUUCUCGGCUUUAUGGCUGGUUCCAGAGACAACCCAUGUCCGAACCUUGGCAACAUAGUUACGAUAAAGCUCUCAGAGAACAUAGAGAAUGUUCUACAAUCAGACGACACGUACCUCACGAUGCUGUCCGAGAUGCACUUCCAAAUGAACUACAACAACGGCCAGUGGACGAGACUCAAAAAGUACAGACACAUAGACGGCAUGGUCCCACAGAAGAUCCCGCCCGGCUCUACGGUGAUAGCGGCCAACAACCAGCAGCCGGUCGUUUCCAUCGCCAACCAGAGUGUCAGUUAAGGUUUGUCAUGCCCCACGUCGUUGUUCUUGCAAUGUGAUAUAAUAAAGUGUUAAAGUUGAAUGUGUAAUAGGAUAUUAAUACAAUUGAUUAACGAGGUCUGCAUUGUGUUUAGACUCGGUGGCCUUCUGACCGGAUCCGGAGAUGUUGCAAUCACAGCGAUAAUUGUUAUCAAUGUGUGAACGUUGAAGUAAUUUUAAAUGAUUUCGAAUUCCAGGUGAUUUUAAAAAUAAAAACUGGACUUGAAUUUAGUUUAAUUAGGAUUCAGAUUAUUUCGUUUUACGAUUUAAAAAAGCGUUAUGUAUUUUCUUUUUUUUUAUAUAUAUAUAUAAAUUUUCGUGAGUCGAUAUAAUCUGUUCCAGAAAUACUUGUAUAUGUUAGUUUAGUUGUUUUUGUAUUUUUUAAAUUAGAAUAAUCUGUGAAGUUUUGUUGAUCUCAAGGAUGACUAUUCUUGGCAUUAUUUCAGUAUAGUUUGUGCCAAAAUGAUUUUCAAAAUUAUAAACGUAUAAUUAUUAUAGUUGCUUAGUUUUGAAUAGCUUGAAAAAUUUAAGGCGUUUUCAGAUGUGUCGCUCAUACACAUUUUAUUAUAGACUAGAUAUCCAACGAGACGCAUUUGUUAACGCCUUACGAAAUUCAUUUUUACUAUCUUAACGUUUAAUAAUAAAACGCUUUAACUUAUGCCUAAAGAGCCUUGUAAUUAGCGUCAUAAAAAAAACCACGAUAUUUACAAACUAGGGAUAUACAAAAUGAACGAAAGUUUAAUUAAAAAGUUAAAUUUGAAACGAAAUGCAAUACAUUUUUUUUCCUAUAAAAAUAUGUUUAUUUUUAUAUAGUCAAUCUUAUGUUGUAAAGCAUUUGUUUUAUAUUCAAAUAAUAAUAAAUAUUCUCAGCAAAUUUAAAUCAAAGUAACAUCUUCUCCAUGUUUUUCUUUUAACGCAAACUUCAGGUUUGCUUAAACGAAUCGGACUUUUAAAUUUAGGAAAAUGUAUCUAUUCCAUAUUUUUUUCUUAAACUAUAUAACAAUUAAACAGGCUAAAGUAAAUAAUAUAAAUAAAAAAUAAAUAUCUCAUCGUAUCUGUAUCUGUACGGCUUAAUAUCAAACAGUACUGAACUAUUUAACUAUUACUGGCAAAUAUUUCGUAGUCUAUGGUCGAGACGUAGGCGGUAUACCAUACAAGGCCUAAAAUAUUUUGUUAUCUGUAUCAGGUAAACUCACUAAAAAUCAUCUAUAGUUUUACAUUCGACCAAAACUGCAAAUAAGUUUUUAAAGUUGUAAACGAAAAACUUUGAUGAGUACAGACCUGACCAUGGCGACCACAAAGGGAGUCGAACUGUGCAGGGCACAAGCUUAUGCGCAAACUAGUGCAUUGUCUAUUCUUUCACAAUCCGAUGGGGCGGACCAAGGGAUUUAUGCGCUUAUUAUAUUACUAUAAUGUAACACCAAACAUAAAUUAAAUAAGGUUAAAUGAAGUACAGUCAACCACUAAAAUCCAGAUAAACAUCUUAUUCAAUUUUAAUUGUUUAAACUCAGCCGAAGAUUGUUUAUUUAUUAUUUGGUCAAUUAAAAUAAUUAAACAAAGAAGUAAAGAAAAAUCACUCGACGUUCUUCCGUGUUUACAGUCUAUAUAUGUAUUUACAGUGUCCGAAAGCAAUGUAGAAAUAAAAUGAAAUAAAAAUUACCGAAAUAAUUGUUAACGUGCCACGUCAAAUAAUUAUACUUUGAAAGAUUUUUAAAACGAAGUAUUAAUCAAUCCAUGUAUUCCCUUCAUUACUUAUAUUUAAUAUCAACUUUAAAUAGCGGUGCAUAGUUAUAUCUCUUUCACUCAUCAGAAAUUUUACAUUCGAUAGAAGAAAACAAAGUAUAAAACGCUUAUCUUGUAGAUUUUAUUGUCAACAGGAAAAGUUUUUGCAAAGUCUUAACUCACCUGGUUAAAAGUUCAGUUGUUAGAUUUGAAUCACUGAUACUUAAGUUGAAUUUAAAUAAUAUUUCAUAGAACAGACAUAUUUUGACCUCAUGUACCAAACAAGGGUAUAAUCGAAUAGGAGAAAUUAAACGAUGAAAAUGUUUGAUUUUUUUUUUAAACCUUUGUGUAUGUUAUUGUAGUAAUGUAAAAUUUUUGAAGAAGACUCGUAUAAGAAUUACCCACGAGCGCUGUAUCUCUUUCUUUCUCUUUAAGAUCUUUUAUAUCUGUGUAGCUGCGUAAUGAUUUAAAAGUCGAUUCAAACCAUAUAUGAUGAUUUAAAAAGAAUACCAUUCGAGAUAAGAAUGAACUCUGUGCUAUUAAACAGCUAAGACUUUAUCCCCAAAAACAUUAAUUACUUUCACAUGACAUACAAAUUGGUUUUUUUACCUAGUUUUCUAUUUGUAAUGUUUCAUAUUGCCUUCAAAGCGUAAGGAUGAAUCUCGAAAAAAAAAAUGUGUAUCAAACCAAAUUUUUUUAUAGUCCCCCUAAUUUGAAGCCAAAAAAUGGCCAAUAAAAAGUUUUUAAGCCUCUUAAGGCAAAAACCCUUGCAGAAUGAUUUUAAACUUUUAUCUAUUGAUUUCAAAGAGAGAGAUAUGACAAAGUUUAUUGAAACUCUGUUUAUUAAUUUGUUCAUAUAAAUAGUGAAUUAUAUAGAUGAUAGCAUCUAUAACAACAAUUUGUGUUUACUUUGAAAAUAAUAUUUUAUCUUUAUAAUAUUCUAGUUCGAGGUAAAAUCCAAUGAUACAAUAUUGUAAUGUAAUUAUAAUACUGUAAGAUUUUGAAAACGAAAAAGUCUUUUAAUUUUUUUUUUUAAUUGUAAGCAAUUUCUAUGAGAUUUUAUUAAAUACUAGAUUCUGUCCGCGGCCUCAUGUGCAUGUGAGAAGGCAGGUGAAAAGUCAUUGUCAUUUACUGCGUUAACAAAUUUGAUGAUAUUAUAAAGUAUAAUCAUGAAGUAAAUCAUGUUUGAUAUUUUGAUGUGGCGUGUUAACAUAAAUUUAACUUACGAAUGUAAUUAAAGAACAACAACAAUAUAUGAUUAACAGAAUUUCUAGAAGCAAUAAGUACUGGCUAGCAACAAUAGUUUUAUACGUUUUGUAUUUGACCGUUAAUAGACUAAGCAUUGAAUAAUUUUUAAAGUGUAAAAUCCACACUGAUUGCCUGGUUCAGUUGAUGUUGUCGGAUAAACGUUUAUGGCGGUUCAUUGAGUAAAAGAGUAUAGUGGAAAUGGCAUUAAUAUUAUUUUAUAUACAUUUAUGGAGGGAGGAAAUACAGAGUAGUAUAUAAACAGAGACAGAAUUAUACGAAAGGUAACUUUACAUAAAGGGUGUG